AUGCUCAAGCAAACUUAUCACCUCGAUGGUCAUGAAGAGGCUUUCAAAGGUUAUCCUGCCAAGCCUGAAGACCUAGCGUGGUGUAGCCGUGUACUGCUACCUGCGUAUCUGAGACACCAAGAGAAGGUAGCUACCGAGCUAAAGGAGACACGCCGGACGGUAGACAGCCGGCAAGGAGUCGACUUCGAGUCGACGUGGGUCUGCGAGAUGGGCUGGGCAAGGCACUUAGCGAGCAGCGUCUUUGGCGAGCACUUCCAAGCAGGUCGCAACGUUCUCACGGCGACGAAGAGGUCUAGGCCUCCGAUUUUGACAAGCUUGUCGUACGAGGAAUUGAACGGACAGGUCCAGGUGCCAACAGAGGUACUCCAGUACCUGGCUAGUGUAGACCCCGAUCGCGAGACCUCUGGCCCGUCCUGGACGAAUAACGGCCAGGACACGAAGGACCGGUAUCAGCUCUACUGGGCGCGCUACCUCUAUUACUGCGUCCGGCCUUUGCGGCUUGGCCGAGACGAGACUACGGAUAGGUUCCAGAUCCGAUUCAACGAUGUCCAUAGCGACACGAGCGUCCAGAAUGAAGACAGCGACGGCGCCGGCCGAGGAUACGAUAGACGAGGUCGUGAUGGCCUUCUGUGCGAGUCGCUGCAGCAAAAGGUUGCACGCCACAUAUUCAGUAACCCACCUCUGCACUUCACCGUCGUCCUCAGGAUCAGCAGAAAUUACUCGCGAGAGCAUCCUCUACGCCAUCAAUCACCUUUUCUGCCGCCGCGGCUGCCUCAAAAGCACGAUUAUUCUCAGACAUGUGUCCGGAGUCUCGUGGGAUUUGUCACCCAAGCUCUGCAAGAUUUUGAGCACCACUCAGGAGGUUUUCAUCAGUCUGUUACGAAGACGGCUGCCAAUGUGCUGCUCACCUUCUCCGAGCUGCACGCCAUCGCCGACAGCCAGGUAUCCAUCCAACCCGAGAUGCUUGCAACAAGGCUCCAAAACCUGUGCACGAAAGAUGUUCGACUCACUCCUUCCAACGAACCCAUCGUGGACACCAAAGGCAGAUUGAUCCGAACGUUUCCCGGCCAGGCCAUCGUCGUUCCUGUCUAUGUUCUUUUGCACGUCGACGUCGUAGGAACCGUGGUCCUCACAAUCAGCAAAACGAGCGAACAGGACGCGUCGUGUUUGCAGCCUAAGGCUAAAAAGGCAGACACAAAGAUAGCCGAGGUCCGCAACUCAACCAAUCCCCUCAUCGUGACUGAAUACCUCUCUUCUAUCUUGCUCACCCUCGGCUUAGCGAUCGAGGUGCAGGCCAUCAAUACGAAGAUCCGCGAGGAAGCCAUGUAG